UGAUUUGUGAAUUUUUUUGGACUGGUUUCACACAGAAAUCACGCAGGGCUGGCCGGAAAAUCACACAGGCAUAUCGGAGGGGCUAGCCAGCAAAUCACGCACAAGGAAAGGCUACUGUCGGUGGCUUCCAUUAACACUACUAUCAAUUCCGACACUUUCUUCCUCAGAUUCUAACAACUUCCGCAUUUCAUAUUCAAAUCCAUAUCCGUAAACUCUUCGAAGCAUUUGAUAAUACACCGGGCAUCCAAAUUUCGGAGGAGUAAGAUCUUGUCUCGAAUGAAAUUUCAGAUCGUUUGAUUUCGUUGCUGUUGAAUGUUGUAGAGCUCUAAUCAUGGACAACGACGGUCACCCUUCCGUAUCUUUACGGGCAAGCCGUAGGCCUGACCGUUUAAACAAUAACUUUGAGAUUAAAGAUGGAGGUGAUGGUUUCUUUGAUUCAGACAAAUCAUCCUCAGAUUACUCAAUCAAAAUCAUCUGGAAAAGGGGAUUUGUUCGUUUGCUUUUAGUAGGUGGCAUUCUAUGGAUGCUGCUCAUUCUAUCCGUACUAUUAUUUCAUAUAUGGACUUGUCAAUCUUCUCUAGUUUUCCUUUCAGCAAUCUGCAACAAAGACAGCACAGUUUUUCAAAUGCUACACACAAUGGGGCUAGUAACACCACCACAUCGUUGUUCUAUUCCCCUAGCCAAUGAUCCAGAAAAAGUAGUUAUCCCAGAGAAAAAAUCACCUUCAAAAUUUGUUCAAAGUUUAUCCUACUUUGAGGAAGAUGAUAUAAACACAAAUGGAUCAGAAUCUUCUCCACUAUUUGGAGGCCAUCAAAGCUGGAAACAGAGAGAGGAAAGCUUUAAGCUGAAAUCAACCAUGAAGGUACAUUGUGGGUUUAUACAAAAUGGUGGUGCAGAAAUGUCUCAUAAAGACAAACAAUACGUUAAAAAAUGUAAAUUUGUGGUUGCAUCUGGAAUCUUUGAUGGAUAUGAUACACCUCAUCAACCAUCAAACAUAAGCCCAAGAUCCAAGAAGCUUUUUUGCUUUUUAAUGGUGGUGGAUGAAGUGUCUCUGAAAUUCAUAAAGCAAAAUGUUAGUGUUAAAGAAGAUAAUGAUGGAGGAGAAUGGGUGGGAAUUUGGCGUAUUAUUUUGCUUAAAAAUCCACCUUAUGAUGAGCCUAGAAGAAAUGGAAAAGUUCCUAAGAUAUUAACUCAUAGACUCUUUCCACAAGCUUUAUAUAGUAUUUGGAUUGAUGGAAAAAUGGAGCUCAUUGUUGACCCUUUGCUCAUGUUGGAAAGAUAUUUAUGGCGUGGGAAGCAUACAUUUGCAAUAGCUCAACACAAGCAUCAUAGAAAUAUAUACGAAGAGGCGGAUUCCAAUAAGAGAAGGAAACGAUAUGCUCGGCCUCUUAUUGAUCACCAAAUGAAAAUAUAUCGUUAUGAAGGAUUGGACCCGUGGACCCCACUAAAACAAACCAAAAGUGAUGUGCCAGAAGGGGCUAUAAUCAUCCGCGAACACACCCCACUAAACAACUUAUUUAAUUGCUUGUGGUUCAAUGAGGUGAAUCUAUUUACACCAAGAGAUCAAUUAAGCUUCGGGUUUGUUGUCUACAGACUAAAAAACAAUUUCAAGUUCUUUAUGUUUCCUAAUUGUGAGUAUAACUCCAUUUUUAUCCUGCACCCUCACACACGUGAACAUUCCUCAAAAAUCGAGUGGGUGAAGUCGUUAAAUGAGUUUAAAGGAAACAAUAGUGGUUUGAAAGAAAGCCGAGGUGGGUUAGGGUUGUGGUCAACUUACCCUGCUGACCUUACCUCGGUUGUACUUCCACGGGUAGAAAGAACAUCGAAAGCUGGAUGAUUUUUAAUGUAAUUGGUUUUAGGAUUGAAUGCAAAAAAUAGCGACAUGGUUUUAUGAAAUGUUUAUUAUAUCCUCAUUUUUGUGAAA